AUGUGGGGUUAUGGUCAGCUGGAGAACAUCCUGGAGGUACUGUGUGGCAGUAGCAACGCCAGCAACAGCAGUAACGAAGGUGCAGGCAGUACGGACGGAGCCGCAGGCGUUGGCGGAAGUGUCCCAGCUGCACCUUCAUCUCUUGUGGGUUCGAGCAGCGGCCGACGUGAAGCUGCGGCUGCGGUUUGUCUUCUGGUGCGGUUGUGUUCGGCGCUGCUUGCGGGUGUACAGGAGCUUCAGUUCACAGCCAUGACGACGCUUAACAAGAUCAUUGACGCUGCCGUGGUGCACCGUAUUGGGGACCUGGUGAUUGACCCUGAGGAACACCUACUGCCUCCCGGUACUGACAGGAAAGCCAAGAUCCAGCUUCCACUGUUCCAUACAUACGGUGGCCGACUUGCUCGUCAGGCCAGCAAGACGGAGAGUAUUGUUAGUGGCGAUGGUACCCCCAGUUCUGUUGGUACCCCUGACUCUAUCCCGGGCCGUGGUACUGUCGGGCAUUACGGUCAGUGGAUGUUAAUGUGGCGACAACAUUCAGCCAAGGAAGAUGUUGAGGGUGAUAAGGGACAACACACAACAUCCAUUAUCGGGACCCUGGCCAACAUAACAGCUGUGUCUAUCUUGAAUGUUAUGCACAAUGCCAUCACCUUACACAAGCGGACGGUGGGGGCCAAACAGCAGUGCCAACCCAGUCAGAGACUCCGCCAGUGUCGCUCUCACUGUCUCCAGAUAUUAAGUUCUCGUGUUCUGUUGUUUAUGACUCACUGCCCGGCCAUCCAAUCACAACUCGUAGAGGAGAAUAGACUUCGCUCAUUGGUUGCCGCCCUCGACACCACACAUGACCCGCAACUCUUAUGUUCAGUACUACAAGUGGUGGCAACAUUAGGACUCAACCCGCACUACCACCAGGCUCUCCUAGCUGCUAAGAUACCUGACGCCCUUACCCAGCUCAUCUUGCCUUCCGAUGAAUGGUUCUACACUAAUCACUCCACCAGACAUGCUCGCUAUGUUAAGCAUCACGCGGCACGGACUUUGGUUUAUCUGGGUUUACAGCAUCGUGUCAAUCAUAGAGUUAAUGUUUAUGAUUUGUUGUUAGACGAGGCACCUCCACCAACGCCUCUGGGGGAGAGUUCUGAGGACGACUACAUCAUGAUGACGUCAGCCCCGCCUCCCAUAGUGACGUCACACGAGAACAAGAAGGUCUUGGGCAUGUCAGUGGAGGGCAUGGUGCUGCAUACCCUCAAGACCUUAGAGACGACCACUACAGCCGGCAUGACUCCAACAGGUGAAGGCUGGAACAACAUGGACUGGAUGUCAGACCCCAGCGAGGUGACAAGAGGUGUGCGGGGGGUCGGGAAGAAGGUCUCAUCGAGGGAGGACGGCCCCAUAGGUCGUCGGUUUCUCUCGUGCCUUAUGCUGGGUCUGCCGCUGGUGCUCCACCCGGUCAUCUUUCUCCGACUCCUGCUCCACCGGCUCCUCACCUCCAUGCACCACCUCACCAAGUGGAAGUCUUGCACCUCCCGCUCCUCCUGGACCUCCCACUCCUCGGAGCUGUGGCGUGCACGCUCCCGCACCUCCUCCUCCGAGACGGAUGCCUCCACACUCCGCAAGAGGCGGAGGGUCAACCUCACGCUGGAUUUUGCGGAAGCUUGCCCCGAGGAGCCGGCCUUUUCGCCCCCAGAACGUGGCCAACGGAACCGACCUUCCCCGGCCGUUCAUCGAGCUAACAGUGAGGAGGCGCCGUGUAAACACUACCACAGGAAGGCGUCCACACCAGGAAGUGCUCUCUCGGGGCCGGCGUCCAGCCGUAAGUUUCGCAACACCCUGGUGGAAGCUCUGAGCACCACAGACGUGAGUGUCACCCUCCAGCAGCUGCUGCCCUCUAGACUGAGGGCCUCAGACUCCCACUACUCCACCAGUAGCUCCUCCAAGGGCACCACACCGUCUGGCUCACCAUCGUUCUUCCAGAAAAGAAGCUUUAGGUUCUCCAGCCUCCACAAGAAAAGGUCCAAGUCGGUACACGAUCAGAUCAACUCCUCUGGGUCGACGCCCAACAUCUCUCAGUCCCGUGACGACCUGACCCUGUGUGAGGAGGAUAUUAUGGCCUUUCAGCGGCAGCUACAGAACCUGCCAUCUUACGAGCGCAUCGAUGACCAGGACGUGCACACGCCGCCGCCCUUCAGACAACGGUCACGGUCGGUGCCGCGCGUCACCUUCGAGAGCAUGUCGACCCUCCUGGUGCCUCGGCCAACACCCAUCAGCCGCUCGCCCACCGCCACCUCCGAGCUGCACACAGGGCUGCUGUCGGCCCAGCUGACUCUGCCACCCAGCCCUCACCUGUCACCCACUACUCACCUCUCGCCUCAUCACUUCGCCUCCCCUCACCUCUCACCGUCUCACUCAGCCCACAACAUCGCCUCUUCCACGCCACUCCACUCACCUGGCAUCGGGUCACCACGUAACCUAGGGUCACCGGUCUCCUCGCACGUCUCCCCGGUCUCACAAAGACCAAACUCCCCAUUCCUGUCUCCUGGCUCACCUUACUCCCCACACUCUCUAUCCUCCCCACGGCUACGCUCCCCAGCUCUCUCUCCCAUCACACCCCCGCGAAACUACGCCACCAUGUCUGGGGCAGAUGAGGCGCCGCUGUCCGCCCUGCCCUCCAACCUUCAGGCGGGCGGGGAGGACCUUCGUGGUGUGGGGUCGUCUCGCUCCAGCUCCGUCACCCCCACCAGGUACCGACGGUUUGACUCCCCGGUAUAUAUAGUGGUGGACAUCCCUGCAGUGCACCGAGCUGUCCUGCUGUGUGUUGAGGAGUGGCUACAGUCAGGUGGGGUACAGGUGGAAGGCAAUCCCACUGUGGUCCGUGAACUUGGCGAAUUCCUGACGAGGGUGGCACAGUGUGGAGCCCCUUAUCAACAAUGGUGUGACGACCUGCGCUCACAGUGGAACAUCACGGAGUUUGACGGCAGUGACGAAGAGGAAGACAGUGUGGAAAGAAUCAAUAAAGACUACUGUAUGUGCGUAACAGAGAGCCAGUGCAUACCAACAGAAUAUACCAGAGACAGUAUAUGCCCAGUACCUUCCAACAGAGAAACUACUGACCUCCUAAUCACCUAA